AUGAUCUCAUUCUGCCCACGCGAAAACCUCAAUAUUCUUCAGGAAUCCGUAUCCUUGUGGGCGGACGAACUUCGAAAAUACGGCGUUGAGCGUGACAUCAAUGAAUGGACUCACCAAACCGGCCAUGCGACACAGAUUUUCUGGGACAGAACAUACUCAGUGGGAUGUGGAGUGAUCAAGUGUGACGACGAUCAAACAAGCGUUGUUUGCCACUACUAUCCGCAGGGAAACUUCCCAGGAGUGAAGUGGUACACGGCCGGUGAAACGCUGUCUGAAUGUGGCAAGUCCCAGGAAACUGCAUCCUGA